AUGAUUCCCGAUAGAUGUUCCUCCGACCCGGCUACUUCCGGGAAAAUGGCGGCGGCCGGGCGAGCGGCUUUGGCGGCGGUUGCCAGGGGCUCCGCCAAGCGAGGGGCGGCCGGGCUGAGUGCUGCCCGGGUCCGCAGGCAUGGAGCGGGACCUUGGCUGGCUGCUGCCGCCGCCUCCUCCCUCAUCGGAGGGGCCGCCUUGUUGGACGCUUCUUUCCGAAGGUGGCGAGGGGGCCCUGGAGGCUUCUUGACAGUCCUGGCUCAGAAGGAAGAGAGUAUAGAUGAAGAGAUGGCAGAAAAGCUCUCCAUACGGAAAAAACGUUUUAUGGAGUUCGCUUCGUUGGAGUAUGAAGGAGAAUAUUACAUGACUCCAAGAGACUUCCUUUUUUCAGUAAUGUUUGACAAAUCAGGGCGUAAAACUUUGGCCAAGAAACUGUCAAAAAAGGAGAGAGAUUCUGCACUUGCAAACGUUGCAAAAGCUAAACCAGGGCCAACAUUUUUUAGAGACCUCGGAGAUAAAGGGUUGAUAUCCUACACAGAGUACCUGUUUUUGCUGACAAUACUCACAAAACCACAGACUGGAUUUCAUAUUGCUUUUAAAAUGUUGGAUGCAGAUGGGAAUGAACAAGUGGAGAAAAAGGAAUUCUUUAAGCUUCAAAAAAUAAUUGGAAAACAAGAUGAAUUUAACCAAGUUUCAGGAGAGGAGGCACUAACUUUGGAGCCAGAAUUGGAAGAUUGUGGUAUUAAUACCAUGUUACUGGUUCAUUUCUUUGGAAGACGAGGAAAAGAAAAGCUUCAUUAUUGUGAAUUCCACAGGUUUAUGCAGAAUUUACAAACAGAGGUGCAAGAAAUGGAAUUCAUUCAGUUUGCUAAAGGUCUAACCUGCAUGAGAAAGGAAGAUUUCGUAGAGUGGCUGCUGUAUUUCACCGAAGAGGAGAAUAAUGAAAUUUACUGGCAAAAUGUGAAGGAAAGAAUCCAGGCAGGGGAGAGUAUCAGUAUGGAGGAAUUUAAAACAUUCUGCCAGUUUACAAACCGCUUAGAAGACUUUUCAAUUGCCUUGAAAAUGUUUACAGUAGCUAGCCGUCCAGUUAAACAGGCUGAAUUCAAGAGAGCUGUGAAAGUGGUUACGGGGCUGGAACUCUCAGAAAAUAUUUUGGACACCAUCUUUAAAAUCUUUGAUUUAGAUGGAGACAAUUGCCUCAGCCACACAGAGUUCCUUGGCGUUCUGAAGAACAGAAUGCAUCGAGGAUUAAGGGUACCUCAGCAGCAAGGAGUCGAGGGUUACUGGAAAUGUGUGAAAAGAGAGACCAUUAAAGGAGCAAAGGAAGUCUGGAAGCGAACAGGGAAAAGUCCUUUUUAAAUACGUCCAUAACAAUGUCAUUUUGCUACUAUGAAUGUCUGGAUUUGCCUCUCUUUUCUGUAUUAUGUUUAUAUGCAAAGCAAUCAUUUUAUAAUACUGUUAAAUGUUGAAUAUUUGUUUUUCUCAAUAUAAUUUCACUGUAUCCAUCAGUAUAAUGAAGGGAAGAUGAAGGGUUUUGUGAUUUAUAGCUUUCAUUAAAAGAGUUUGAAUUUCAGGUAGUAUUGAAAUUCUAACAAACGGGUAUUUUAAGAUUAUUACGAGUCUGUUCUUAAAGGUGGCAAGUCUUGUUAACAGCACCAGAUGACUCAAAAUGCCUUUCCGUCCCUUAAGCAUUUAAAGAGAAGAAAA